AUGGACCAUAAUGAAAAAACAAUCAAUAAUACUGAAUCCAUUCAUUAUGUUACAAAUUAUGUAACAUUUCCAUCAAUUAAAGAUCCUAUUUAUCAUACAGGUCAACAAAACAAUUACAUUCAUAAUAAUAAUGAUUAUUAUCGUAAUCAUCAUGACCAUCGCCAUCAUCAUCAUCAUCAUCAUGAUCAUCAUCUUCAUCAUCAUUAUGAACAUAAUCACCUUGAUCCUUCUCAACAAAGACAUCAUUCAUCUUGUAAUAAUCAAUUACAACAACCUUAUAUACAUUAUACAGUGGAUAGAGAUGAACAUCUAUUUCCAAUAAAUGAUACAUCUUCAAUGACUACUACUCAUAAUACAACAUCAUAUAUUGAAGAUAUCAAUGAUAAUGAAUUAUCUUUUAAUCAUAAUGUAACUAAUGCUUCAACAGAUGCCUCUGCUACUGCUACUGCAGCAGCUAUGGCAGCAGCAGCAGCAGCCGCCGCCGCUGCAGCUGCUGUAGCAGUAACAACUGGAGUUGUUGUCACUCUACGUAAUACAGAUUAUUCUAUCAAUUCUUAUCUUCAUCAACCUAACUUAUCAUGUUCAUCAAAUUAUAAUUAUUAUCAAUAUUAUUUAAAUGAUCCACAAUAUCAACAUCAUCAUGAAUCCAUUGAUUUAUUCACAUUACAUCCUAAUCAUCCAAUACAACAACAACAACAAGAUAUUGAAGAUGGUAAUAACAGAAUUGAUACUACUAUUACACCUACUACUUCUAACAAUAAUCAUAGUAGUAAUAAUCCUUUGGAAGCAACAACAAAACAUACUAUUCGACAUUCAAAUGAUAAUCGUAUGAAAUCACAAACAAAAUUAUCUAUUUCUGAUGAUAAUGAUGAUGAUGCUGAUGAAGAGGUAAAAUGUCGAAAUCAAAAUAUACUUAAAUCUGGUAUGUUAUGUCUUAUAUGUGAAGAUAAAGCAACAGGUAAACAUUAUGGUGCUUAUUCAUGUGAUGGAUGUAAAGGAUUUUUUCGACGUUCUGUACGUCGUAAACAUUCAUAUACAUGUCGUCAUAAGAAAAAUUGUAUUGUGACAAAAGAUAAACGUAAUCAAUGUAGAUUUUGUCGUUUUCGUAAAUGUUUUCGUGUUGGUAUGAAAGAAUCUGCUGUACAAAAAGAACGUGAUAAAAUAAGUAAUCGUCAUACAACUUAUGAUCCUAAUUCAUCAAUUCAUUCAAGUAUUGAUUUACAAAAAUUAUUACAAGCUGAAGCAAUAGCUAAUUGUGCAAUUCAUCAAAAUUAUAUUAAUAUCACUAAAAAAUCAUCAGAUUUAUAUAAUGAACAAUCAAAUUAUGGAGAAUUAAAUGAAAAUAAUUUAGCUAAUAUUAAUGAUAUUUGUGAAUCAAUACGUACUCAAUUAAUAUUUUUAAUUGAAUGGGCUAAAAAUCUAUCUGUAUUCACAUCAUUAACAAUUAAUGAUCAAAUUGCAUUAUUACAAGCACAUGCUGGUGAAAUGCUUAUUCUUGGUGCUAUAUGGCGAUCAAUUACAUUAGGACCAACAUUGAAUAAAUCAAAUGAAUAUAAUAAAAUAGAAAAAUCAAAAUAUUUUGAACAAAAAACGAAUCAAAAUGACAAUACAUCUAUCAAUGAUACUAUAGAUGAUAUAACUAUUACCUUGGAUUCAAAUGUUGUUGCUAUGGUUACUACUACUACUACAACUACGACGACAACUACAUUAACUAAUUCAUGGAAUACUACUGUUACUACUACCACUACUACCACAACAACUAUUACUACUACACCAACGAAUAAUAAUAAUAAUAAUAAUAAUAAUAAUAAUAAUAAUAAUAAUGGAGAUCAGUCAAUACAAAAGAAUCAAAUCAUUGAUAAUACAAUAGAUACUACUUAUUUACAAUCUAUUAAUUAUGAACCACAAUUUAUUUUAUUAGGUAAUAAUCGUAUUAUAUCAAGACAAAAUCCAUUACCAGAAAUAGCUGAUUUAGCUAAUAUGAUUAUAAAUGAAAUCUAUCAACCAAUACAAAAUUUAUGCUUAGAUGAAAUUGAAAUUGUUUGUUUUAGAGCAAUAAUGUUUUUUGAUCCAAGUUGUGAAUCAUUAUCAGAAAAUGGACGUUUAUUAAUACGUAGUUGUCAAUAUCUAAUACAAAUGGAAUUAAUGAAUAUAAUGAAUGGUAAAUUAUAUUUACCACAAGGUCGUUUCGGUGCAUUAUUAUUAUUAAUUCCAGAAUUUCGAUCAGUUACUUAUCAAAUGAUUCAUAAAUUACAAAUUAUACAUCAAAUGGGUUUUACUAAAUUAGAUGGUUUAUUAUCAGAAAUUUUAUUGAAUAAUACAAUAAAUGAAUCAAAUGAUCAGAUUGAAUCCAAUCAUUUAAAAUCAUCUAUAAAACAUUCAUUUAAUAAAUAUAUAAUUCAUGAAGAGAAUAAUAAAUUACCAACAAUUUAUUCAAUGCCUAAAUUAUAUUCAACACAAAAUGAUGAUAUUUAUACUUCACAAACUGCUGAAACAUCUACAUCUUUAUCCUUCUCCUCCUCCUCCUCUUCCACUUCUUCCGUCUCUUCCGCUUCUUCCACCUCUUCAGCUUCUUCAUCUGGAUCUUCAUUAUCAUUAUCAACUGUAUCAUCAAUGACACAUUUCAAUAAUAUACCAAUAUUACAUGAAAUAGAUUAUACAAUAAAUGAACAAUUAUCUAAUAUUAAUCAUUAUUUACCUAUAAAUUCAUCUAAAAUCAUAACACAAUUAGAUAAAAUGUAUCCAACACCUAUAGAUACAACUAUAUCUACAAUAAAACAAACAAAUAUUGAAAUGAAUUCAUUUAAUUAUCCUUUAAUACAAUCUGAAUUAGAAUCUAUUCCAUCAAUUCAUGUAUCUAAUGUAUUAGAUUAUUAUUAUUAUUAUGAUAAUAAUAAUAAUAAUAAUAAUAAUAAUAAUAAUAAUAAUAAUAAUAAUAAUAAUGAAAAUUGUAUGACAGAGAAACAAUCGAAUAUUGAUACAUUAACACAAUAUUAUCAAGCUGUUCAACCAAUUAUGAGUACAGUAAAAAAAUUUAGCGCCAAUUUUGAUAUCAGUAACCAUAGCAACAAUAAUAAUAAUAAUAAUAUUAAUAAUAAUGAUGUAAACCAAUCACUUAUCACAAUGCAUUUAGGUGAAGAAACGUUUGAAAAUAUUUCAAAUUCAGAUUAUUCAAUCAAUUCAAAUAUAAUUCAUAGUUUACCAAAUUUAGAACCUGGUAUAUAUUAUUCAGAUGAUCAAUUCUAUACAACUUAUUCACAUCAUUUAAAUAUGAUCAAAGCAAAAUAUAAUCAAAAUACUACUAUCAAUACUACUACUACUACUCAUGAUAAUAAUAAUAAUAAUAGUUCACCAAUUUACACUAGUUACGAUGGAAAACAUUUGACACCAAUCGAUAAUUCUAAUCCAUCCUAUUCCACAAAUCACUUCUGACAUGUUCAAUGAUGAAUGAUCUUGAAUCAGGUUAUACAUAUCUAUAUAUAUUAUAUAUCUGUAAUACAGUUUACAUGUACAGUUUACAUGGUAUUCAUUGUAAUCCUAUAACAAUUACAUGUAUACAAGAUUGUGUUUUCUUUUCUCAGUUAUAUUUUUCUCUAUUUUUCUUUUCUUUUUUCUUCUUUUCUUUAUUAUCAAUAUUAUUACUUCUUUUUAUUUUAUUCUUUUAAAAUUAUGUCGUUUAUAUAUUUAAUAUAAAAUUAUUCUAAUCCAUAUUGCCAAUUACUAUUCAUAUAAAAUAAUAAAUGAAUAUUGA